UACGGGCUUUACGUUCCUCGAGAACCUGCAGCAUUUUUGUGUGGUGUGACCAGGGAGGAUGGAGCUAUACGCCAGCCUCGCCGACACUGGCGGUCCAAAGAAGAAGGAGUACUGGGAUCGCCGCACCUACGCUUCCCUGGAAGAACAACAAGAAGCGAUGCGGAACUCGAGCACAUUGUACGUGGGCAACCUCAGCUUCUUCACAAGUGAGACACAAAUCUACGAGCUGUUUUCGGUGGUCGGGCCAGUGAAAUCAGUGAUCAUGGGGCUGAACCAACUCACCAAGACGCCAUGCGGCUUCUGCUUCGUGGAAUACUUCUCAAAAGAGCACGCACAAGCAUGCUCGCACUUUAUCAGUGGCACCAAGCUCGAUCAACGUGUAAUUCGAUGCGAUUUGGAUGGCGGGUUUAUUGAAGGUCGGCAGUAUGGCCGAGGAACAUCUGGCGGCCAAGUUCGCGACGACCGGCGGUCCAAGGAAGACUACGAUCCCGGUCGAGGUGGGUAUGGCAAGAAAGAAGACGACUAUGGCCUCUCGAAUGCCCACUUUCGUCGCCCUGGCGCACUAAAGCGCUCCCGGGCUGACAGUAUUGACGACGACCGCAGCAUUCGUCAUGCAAGAAAGUCUACAAAUUCAGAAGUUGCUGAACCUGUGGACAAGGAAGAAGUCAACCCCCGUUUCCAAGAGCGCGACAGCGACGGCGAGCAAGACAACGACGAUGUUGAUACUUAAUCCAAACCAAAUAAGGACAUUUAGUUCUUUGCUGUGCCU